CAACCCAAUUGUUAUGACAUAGGAGCUGUGCAUUAAGAGAAACCACCGGCAGCACAGCUUAAAACCCUAACUCAUCUUCCUCUCAAUUUCAUUUCACACCUCUCUCACUUCUUUCUCCUGCUCUCCCUUUUUUCUCUUCCUCUCCAAAUAGAAAACCUAGCCCUAUAUCAUCCACUCUUAUCAUCAACGGCUGACAACCGUCGGUCUAUCAUCACUACUCCGGCGACCUAUAGCAAGCACCAAUCCUUCCCAGCAGUGGUAAGCUUGAAUUUGUUGAUAGUUGAGCAGUUCUGUAACUCUGUUGAAUAUGGAUAUUGAUCCUGAUCUUGACAAAAUGAAUAUUAAAGAUGCAAAUGAAGGUUCGUCGAUGCAGUUGGAUUCAAAGGGAACUCUUGAAGAAAAAGAGGAGAUUACUAAAUCAAUGGACAAACUAAAUAUUCAUAAAGCACCAUCUGGACAAGCUGGGUCUUCGUCAUUAAAUUUCAAAAGAAAACCAGUUGUCAUUAUCGUUGUAGGAAUGGCAGGAAGUGGAAAAACAACUUUUCUUCAUAGGUUGGUUUGCCACACGCAAGCUUCAAAUGUUCGUGGUUAUGUACUCAACCUUGAUCCUGCUGUGAUGACUCUUCCAUUUGGUGCAAACAUUGAUAUAAGAGACACUGUUCGGUACAAGGAAGUCAUGAAGCAGUUUAAUCUUGGACCUAAUGGCGGAAUUCUAACAUCUUUGAAUUUGUUUGCUACAAAGUUUGAUGAGGUUGUUUCAACUAUAGAGAGGCGAGCAGAUCAACUUGAUUAUGUUCUAGUGGAUACACCUGGACAAAUUGAGAUUUUCACUUGGUCUGCUUCUGGAGCUAUAAUUACAGAAGCUUUUGCUUCAACCUUUCCAACUAUAAUUGCUUAUGUGGUUGAUACACCUCGUUCCUCAAGCCCAGCUACUUUCAUGAGCAACAUGCUUUAUGCUUGUAGCAUACUCUACAAGACACGGUUGCCACUUGUGUUGGCAUUCAACAAGACAGAUGUGGCUCAACACCAGUUUGCUUUGGAGUGGAUGGAAGAUUUUGAAGCCUUCCAAGCGGCAGUCAGCACCGAUCACUCAUAUACAUCCACUUUAACAGCAAGCCUUUCUCUUGUGCUUGAUGAAUUUUACAAGAAUUUGAAAUCUGUUGGGGUCUCUGCUGUUUCUGGGGCUGGAAUGGACGCAUUCUUUAAGGCUAUUGAAGCAAGCGUCCAGGAAUAUAUGGAAACCUACAAGGCUGAGCUUGAUAAGAGGCGGGCAGAGAAGCAACGCCUGGAGGAGGAACGCCGGAGAGAGAACAUGGAAAAGUUAAGGAAAGAUAUGGAGAAAUCUGGGGGAGAAACUGUGGUCCUAAGCACUGGUUUGAAGGACAAACAAGUUACGGGAGAUACUAUGAUGGAUGAGGAAGAGGAAGAGGAAGAUGAUGAGUUUGAGAGAUUUAGUGAAGAGGAAGAUGCUGUAGAUGAGGAUGAAGAUGAAGAGGUUGCCAGGUUCUCCUUUUAGUGGAGCUGUUUUACAGGCAUAAGUUUCUUGAAAUUACAUGAUGAUUAGGAUUAGAUGUUUAAUUUACGCUAGAUGGCGUGACUUAUUGAUGAUGGAAUUCUUCUUCCUUGAUGUGAAUAUUCCAUGUUUUGACUUAUGUGCAUGACUUUCAAAUUUGUAGCUUGCCAUUAUUUACCUUAUAAUUGGACAAUGAGCUAAGAUGUGCGUAGUUAUUUUACAUGUACAGAAUUUAAAUUGUAGGGUCCUCUUGGCAGUCGGAGGAAUGUUAACUGAUAUAUUAUUGUGUUUCGAAAUGAAAUUUGUGAAUUUUCUA